UACUGUAGUGUGUGUGUGUGUGUGUGUUGGUAUACUGUCACGUCUUUGUUCUAUUUGUUGUCUAUUGUGUUAAUUAAUUGCCCUAACUGCAAAUAAAACAUCUUACUGAUUUGUGCUAAGCUAGGCUAAACAUUUUCAUGGACCUUCCUCUGACUAAACAGAGUAAUGAAACUGAUGUUCAUCGUCUCGUCUAAUUCUGGAGAAGACGACAAAUCACAGGAUUUCUCUGAACAUCACAGUGUUUCUGUAAAUCCUCUCUCGUCUAAGAUAACCCGUCAGGGGUUUUAUUCCUCAACUUGUUCAGCUUGAGGACUUGUGGUUCGGUUUUUCUCAGGUUCCCUUCAUGUUUCAGCUUUUGGGAGUCUAAUCUGAGCCCCGUCCCACCCCGUUCUGUCUCGCUCUGCCCUUCGCUUCCACAAUAAUCCUGUUAGCAGAGUUCUUCCGUAAUCCUCCCACAGUGUUCAGAUCCCUGCAGGUCUUCACAGCUUCUUCACCGCAGCUCUGUGGGAUGUUGCUGGACCCUGACUGAACAACUCAGGAUGUUGAGCUGGGUGGUCAAAGUCGUUCCCCAGCCGCCUGAGCCCCCGUCCAAAAAAGUCGAUGAGCAGAAGGAGGAGAAACCAGCCGAUGCCCCGCCCCCUGUUGCUGCCCCUCCUCCUGUCGCUCCCCCGCCCCCGCCCCCGCCCCCUGAGAAGAAAGUGACAUUUCAAGAUGACAGCAAAAAUGAAGCUGACAAACCCAAGCAGGAAGCACAGGCAGCAGAGGGGAACGGCCCAGUGCCUGGCUCUCAGCCCGGUGUGCUGCUGUGGAUCAGCGGCGCUCUGCCUCAACCCGCAGUCUCACCAAAGCUGAGCCGAGCCAACUCCACCACCAAGGAGGAAACUGCAACAACCAGUAAACCCGAAGACGAAAAAGGGAUGAUAGCUUGGAUCGCUCAGGGUUUGGAGAAAGUUGUUCCUCAGCCUGAUCUGAAGAGCAAAGACUCACCACCAGCUGAGCAACCCGCUGAGGUGUGUUCGACACCAGCUGCACCAGAGCCUCAGGUGGUGGAGGUGGAAUCAGACAGAGAGAACAAAAAUGACAACAAACCUCUCCCACCCAGGAUGAUAGAGUGGCUAAAGCAGGGUAUAGAGAAGGUGGUUCCUAAGCCAGAGAUCCAAGUUCGCUCAAAGACAGAAGUCAAUGAGAAGACUGAAGCUCCUGCUUCAACUAAAGCAGAGGCUCCAGCACCAGAACCUCCUCCAGCCCCAAAACCUCCUGCAACCCCAGAACCUCCUCCAGCCCCAAAACCUCCAACAACCCCAAAGCCAGCCGCUGACACGGAGAAGCCUUCCAAGGAGGGAGAGCAGCAGCCCAAUAUGGUGGGCUGGAUCGUCAGUGGGAUUGAACGUAUUUUGCCUCAGCCUGUACAGAAGCAGGAUGCCAGCAGUGACGAGGUGCAGAGCGUCAGCAUCGUACAGCAGAAGACAGACCUGGUGCUGGAGGACAUGGAACAGAAUGCAGAGGCCAAACAGGAGGAGACAGACACCCAGAUGAUGACUCCAGUAACAGACAGCAUCAAGAAGGAGGCUGGAGGAGCAGUUUUAGCUCAAAUGGAGGAAAGACUACAGCAGGAGCGUCUGGAGGCAGCCCGCAUCGCUGAGGAGAUGGCCAGAAAGGCAGCGGAAGAGGCAGUCCGACAGCUGGAGGUGGAGCAUUCAGCUAAGAUCGUCAUAGAAACACUGCCAGAGUCUAACGAGCAACUGCCCAACAUCCUGGAGGAGGAAAAUGAGGAUGAGCCAGAGUUGCAGGACCUGCCGGAGGACAGUGAAGACAGCACAGACAAUAGGAGUCCUGAGGAAAAUAAAGUGAAUAACAAAACUGUUGAAGAAGAGAAAAAACCAGACCAGUGCCUGGUAGAAGUCUGUCCAGCCGAAGAUGAUGCCACCCUUUUAUCAACAGAUGUGGAGCCAGCAUCGGAGAGGAGAGACCUGGAGAGUCCAUCUUCCCAAGCUGUCACCCAACAACCAGGGUCACAAGCUCCAGAGGAUUCAGCCUGUGCAGCAGGUGAAGAAGAAGAGGGUGAAAACGGAGGGAGGCUGAAGGUGGAGGGCCAAAACAUCCCCCAAAUUAUCACAACCCCCCAACCCCAUGAGGACGAUGAUGAGGAACUGAUGAGGAUCAGUCUGAAGACCGGCAAUCAGGGAGACCUGCUGACGGCAGAUGAAUGGACUCGUCCUCUGUCAGCAGCCAGCGUCGGCAGCGUGGUGAUCCAGGACCGUCUGUACCAGCUCGUCGGGCUGUUUAAAGGUCGGACAGAGCACCAAAAGGAGCGGCUAGUGGACCCGGACGAGUCUGAGGAAGAAAGUCCCUCAACCUCCCCAAGCAAAGCUCCACCUCCUCCUCCUCCACCUCCACCUCCACCAGGAGAAGAGAAAAAAGAAGAUGCUCCUGCUGCAGCAGAAGAAGAAGAGGAGGAGGACGAGAAGGAGAUGGUGCUCCCAUUUACAAUUUUGGGACAGCCAGUAAAAAUACCCAAGCUGCCCAAACUGCCCAAACUUCCUAAGCUGCCCGACUGGCUCCGAGUCAUCGUGGAGUACCGCUUCCCCUCCAGCAUCGACCCCUUCACCGAUCUGAUCUAUGUACUCUGGCUGUUCGUUGUUGUGGCGGCGUGGAACUGGAACGUGUGGUUGAUCCCUGUCCGCUGGGCAUUUCCGUACCAAACCCCCGAAAACAUCCACCUGUGGCUGAUGAUGGACUACACCUGUGACCUCAUCUACAUUACCGACAUCCUCAUCUUCCAGCCCAGACUGCAGUUCGUCCGUGGUGGAGACAUUGUGUGUGAUAAAAAGGACAUGAGAGAAAACUACAUGACCACGGAGAGAUUUAAGAUGGACAUCAUCAGUCUGUUUCCUAUGGAGAUAUUUUACUAUUUCACUGGAGUGAACUCUCUGCUGAGAUUCCCUCGCUUGCUGAAGUACAUGGCUUUCUUUGAGUUCAACGACAGAAUGGAAGCUGUGAUGAAGAAAGCAUACAUCUACAGGGUGAUCCGAACUUCCACCUACCUGCUGUACUCUCUGCACAUCAACGCCUGUCUCUUCUACUGGGGCUCCGACUAUGAAGGACUGGGAUCCACCAAGUGGGUCUACAAUGGAAAGGGCAACGCUUACAUCCGCUGUUACUAUUUUGCCGUGAAGACGUUGAUCACGAUCGGAGGACUGCCGGACCCCACCACCGUCUUUGAGAUCUGCUUCCAGCUCAUCAACUAUUUUGUUGGCGUCUUUGCUUUCUCUAUCAUGAUCGGUCAGAUGAGAGAUGUGGUUGGAGCUGCGACAGCUGGUGAGAACUAUUACCGCGCCUGCAUGGACAGCACCGUCAAGUACAUGAACUCCUACAACAUCCCCCGAGAGGUCCAGAACCGCAUCAAGACAUGGUACGACUACACCUGGAAGAUCCAGGGCAUGCUGGACGAACAGGAGCUGCUGAUACAACUUCCUACUAAGAUGAGGCUGGACAUCGCCGUGGACGUCAACUACGCCAUUGUCAGCAAAGUGGCGCUGUUUCAGGGCUGUGACAGACAGAUGAUUUUCGACAUGCUGACGAGGCUCAAAUCUGUCGUCUACCUGCCCGGAGACUUUGUCUGUAAAAAGGGGGAGAUCGGCAGGGAGAUGUACAUCAUUAAACAGGGGGAGGUUCAGGUGGUGGGCGGUCCUGACCUGCAGAUAGUGUUUGUCACCAUCAGAGCCGGCUCGGUGUUCGGAGAGAUCAGCUUGCUGGCAGGAGGUGGAGGGAACCGACGCACAGCCAAUGUGAAGGCGCACGGAUUCGCUAACCUUUUCAUCCUGGACAAGAAGGACCUGGCAGAGAUCCUGGUGCACUACCCGGAGUCCCAGAAACUCCUCCGCAAGAAGGCCAAGACCAUGCUGACCAAGGAUGUGAAGCCGGACGAGAAGAAGGGUAAAGAGGCGAUGCAGGUGAUCCCGGCCAGACCGGACACCCCCAAAAUGUUCAAGGCGGCCCUGAAGGUGACAGAGCACGCCGGCAUCGAGGGAACCUUCACCAAACUGAGGGAGACCUACAAACCGAUGGACGGGGAAGAGGGUACGGUCCCUCCUCCCUCCCCGACUCACCGCCGCUCUCCUAUCCCCCCCCUCGCUCCGGUCCUGGACGGUGACGACGCCAUCUCCGAGACGGCCGACAGCUCUGUGGUCAUCAGGAUGACGGCGCGGCGGGAAGGGGAGGAGGUGCUCACCGUGGAGGUGGCGCCUGGGGAGGGAAAGGAGUGA